GCUAAUUGUUUUGCAAACGGAAAAUCUUCGACCUGACGUCGACACCGGAGGCCAAAGUGAUGUAAAUGGAGUUGUGAGCGCACUUCCGGUGGUCUAAUUGCCUUCCCGUCUUGUUACUUGUAUGUCAGAAGGGUUAAAAAGAGAGCUAAGAAAAGGGAAAAGCAGUGGAAUAGAACAGACAAGCGAGGAUGAAAAAGUCAUUUAAACGGAGGAACGGGAGGCUGGCUCUGGCUUUGCUAGUAUAGUUUCAGAAGCGUCCGAUUAAAGCAAAGCAAAAAACUAAUGCAACACCUGCGUCGUCUAAGCGCUUGAUUUUUCAGGUCUCUGUUUGUUUUCUUGAGCUUACGCUCUUUUUACUUUUUGAGUGGUGAUACUCAACAAAGCAGAGGAUGGGCGACGCCAUGAAUGGCGGAAACCCCUUGGAGUCCGCCCGCUUAGCAGCUUUUAAGAAGUCAGAAACCCUAGAAGGAACUUGCCCCGUAAUUCAGGGCUAUGAUUUCAACCAAGGCGUCAACUAUCCGGAGCUUCUCAAAUCAAUGGUCUCCACUGGUUUUCAAGCCUCCAAUCUCGGUGACGCCAUUGACGUAGUUAACCAAAUGCUGGAUUGGAGGCUUUCAGACGAGUGUCCAACGGAGGAUUGCAGUGAAGAGGAGAGAGAUCCAGCAUUUAGAGAGUCAGUUAGGUGUAAAGUUUUCCUUGGAUUCACUUCAAAUCUUGUAUCUUCUGGGGUUCGAGACACCAUUCGGUAUCUUGUUCAGCAUCACAUGGUUGAUGUAGUUGUUACAACAGCUGGUGGUGUGGAAGAGGAUCUUAUCAAGUGCCUUGCACCCACAUAUAAAGGUGACUUCUCUUUGCCUGGAGCUGCUUUACGCUCGAAAGGGUUGAAUCGUAUUGGUAACUUGUUGGUUCCUAAUAACAAUUACUGCAAAUUUGAGGACUGGAUUAUUCCAAUUUUUGACAAGAUGUUGGAAGAGCAGACUUCAAAGAAUAUGCUGUGGACGCCAUCUAAAGUGAUCUCCCGCCUUGGAAAAGAAAUUAAUGAUGAGAGUUCAUAUUUGUACUGGGCCUACAAGAACAACAUUCCUGUCUUUUGUCCUGGCUUAACAGAUGGCUCACUGGGUGACAUGCUAUAUUUCCAUUCUUUCCGCAAUCCUGGCCUGGUUAUUGACAUUGUGCAGGAUAUUAGGAACAUGAACGGCGAGGCUGUCCAUGUCGGUCUCAGGAAGACAGGAAUGAUAAUUCUUGGAGGGGGACUACCCAAGCAUCAUAUAUGUAAUGCAAAUAUGAUGCGUAAUGGUGCAGACUUUGCUGUUUUUAUUAACACAGCACAAGAAUACGAUGGAAGUGAUUCUGGUGCCCGUCCAGAUGAAGCUGUAUCAUGGGGAAAGAUACGAGGUUCUGCGAAGGCUGUGAAGGUUCACUGUGAUGCAACGAUUGCCUUUCCUCUCCUUGUAGCAGAAACCUUUGCUACAAAAGUCAAAUAACGUUGUAUGGGAUGAAGUUUUAAAAUGAUAAUGCAGCUGCGGUGGAUAGCUAAUGAUUGAUCCUGGUAAAUUUGAUGAUGCUAUUUGGCACGUCAAGUUCCACUUCUUUGUUCAAUGCUGUUUUUCUAGGUGGCGCAUUAUAAAUUGCAUUCCGGUUGUGAUGAAAUACUACAUUGGAAAGGAAAUACAACGCCAGCAACAAGUUCUAUUGUAAUUCUUCAGCUUCUGGUAACUUUGAUGCUCAAGAGGAAUAGAUAUGUGCUGUAUUUCAUUUCCAUUCUUUUACUUUAGAAUGACCAUAGGAGGCCAUGAACCUCACAUUUUGUGAUUUAGGCAGAUCUGAAUUGUAUCUUUAGGCGAGGAGAGUUUUAGGUUGCCCAACUUAUUAGUGCAGAUAAAGCAAAAGAAAGUUCCCAGAUUCCACUUCCCCUAAGCUUUUUGUUUGUUUGUUUGUUACAGGUGGUAGGGGGUGGAAACAUAUUCAACAAUGUCUUACUCCACCUCCUUUAAUCAUUAUGUGGGUUUAUGCUUUUUGAGAAAUUA